AUGCAGGAACUCAUUUCUUCUCCGCCCGCCUUUGUCGAAAGAAAGAGAAAGAUACUUGAACAACUUGCGAUUCCAGACACAGAAUACACGGAUGCUUCACCGAAAGGCUCUAUAGAUGAGGGCAUCAGGGAUCUCAUUGAUGAAAUCAACCGACAAUCCGGAUUUGUCACUACCAGCAGCUGUGCAGGUCGUGUCAGCGUUUUUCUUGAAGGGCGGAGAGUUGCUGACACUGAAGGACAAGAUGAACGGGUAGCAGGUGUCGGUGGAAAAGGUGCUGGGGGAGCUUGGCUGUUCGUUUCCCAUGACCCAGUACCUGACAAGGGUGAUGGAGGUACGGAUACAGACUGGAGCAGUUUAUUUGGACUCCAGGAAUCUACAGAGGCACAGGAGACAAUUGGAGAAGUGAAAGAGAGAAGACUUGUCCACUUCAAGUACGAGGCAAUGAUCCUCCACGUUCUCACAGCAUCACCCGAACACGCUCAACUACUUCUGCGUUGCGGCCUUCAGGCAGGGUUUCGCGAGUCGGGUGCCCUCAAUAUCAUCCCGAAUGACAAGGAUGCUGCCACUCCCAUGGUGGCUAUACGAACAAUGGGACUUGCCUUCGAGUCUCUCAUCGGGCAGCAGAUUGAUGGGCAUCGGCAACGCAUAGUCUCACCCGAGUACCUCCAGACCCUCGUCCAGAUUGCCAAUGAGCGCUUUAUCGAGAAUAAGAAGCGCAUUGAACGCUUCCAAAACGCCUUCAGAGAUGCUGUCGCUGCUCCAGUACCACGUCUAAACCCUGAAGGACAAGAAUGGGAGGACGCUGCAGCGAGAAGAGAAAGGAAGCGUGCCGAGGGUCUGCGAAAGAAAGCCGAGCUGAAAGCCAAGCAAGAGACAGAACCAGAAUCAGACCGCGCCAACUCAGGAAAGGAGGAAGAUGCAGGACUGUUUUUUGAGAUAUAA